AUACGAUCUGUCAUCAUCAUCGUUCGUACAAUGCGAAAAGGGAAGUUGAGAGAAGUGGGAGAGGGACAUCACGGAGCCUUAUGAAAUCAAACGCCACAGGAGCUGAGUGGAUAUCCGACACAUUGUGAAGUGCUUCGGUCCUUUGCCUGGAGAGACACACAGCUUCCUCCUUUUUGUCGGUAUUUUCUGCGGUUUUCCACAGUACGUCAGCGUGCAGAGUAAGAGACCAGACAGUGUGACAUGGCAAGUAGAGGCGGAGCUACACGACCCAAUGGGCCGAACGCAGGCAACAAGAUCUGCCAGUUCAAACUUGUGCUUUUAGGAGAGUCGGCUGUGGGGAAGUCAAGUCUCGUACUUCGUUUCGUCAAGGGGCAGUUUCAUGAAUUCCAAGAGAGCACAAUUGGAGCUGCCUUCCUGACUCAGACAGUAUGUUUGGACGACACAACAGUCAAGUUUGAAAUCUGGGACACAGCUGGUCAGGAGCGCUACCACAGUCUGGCUCCCAUGUACUACAGAGGUGCCCAGGCAGCCAUUGUGGUGUACGACAUAACAAAUGAGGAGUCAUUUGUGCGGGCGAAGAACUGGGUUAAAGAGCUCCAGAGACAAGCCAGUCCAAACAUUGUAAUAGCUCUGGCUGGGAACAAGGCUGAUCUCGCAAACAAGAGAGCGCUGGACUUCCAGGAUGCACAGUCAUACGCAGACGAUAACAGCUUGCUUUUUAUGGAAACAUCAGCAAAGACCUCUAUGAACGUGAACGAGAUCUUCAUGGCCAUCGCAAAGAAGCUUCCCAAGAACGAGCCUCAGGCGGCCGGAGCCGGCAGCGGGCGGAAUCGAGGAGUGGACCUGACAGAGACGGCUCAGCCCAGCAGCCGCCCCUGCUGCAGUAACUAACCCGGCUCUUCCUGCUCAUCCUCACCCUACACACACACACACACACACACACACACACACACACACACACAUACCCCUUCCCUCCUGCUCCCCCUCCUCCCCCAUCUGAACAUCUGGACAUCGGGCUCCCUGGCUUCCUGACGUCAGACCUCACUCCCCUGGAAUAGCAUAAAGACUCUGUAUAGCUGCAUUUCUAAUACCUUUUUUUUUUGUUUGUUUUUCUGUUGAUGUUCUCUUUUUUUCUUUUUCCUUUUUUUUUUAAACUUUUUUUAAGAAGUGUAUAUCAGUAUAAUGGAUGCAUGUAUCACUACAACGCCUAAAAAACAACACAUUUUAUUUCUUCUUCAAUUGAAAGACUACCCCCCCCUUCCCACACAUUUAGGAAAGACGAGCGAGAGAAACACCUUUGAACGUGUGAGUGUGUUGUGUGUUGUGUGUGAAUUUUUCUGCGGAUGGGAAGGUGUGGUCCUCAUUUGUUACUUCACAGGGUCGACUAAAAUAAACGACGACUGUCCUGUAAUACAGAAUAAGUGUGCAGGUUGAGUCAUGCUCACAAUCAGGAGAAAACCAAAUUGUCAACAGUCAGAUUUUUUCUGACUGUUGUGGAAGCCGAGAAUCUGUUACACGAGAAGACGUCGUAAUCCGAGGAGUCUGAUGGAAAGUGCUGGAAAAAACUGAACUGUCUGAAAAAAUAAAUACACAUCUGGCUUCCCGUUAUGUGCAAACAUCUGUACAUUAUAUCACACAACAAAGUCUUCGAGGGCUGGAAAAACAUGGAGCAGAAUCAUCAGGAACUACGAUUUAACGAGAGGCUGCUGAACGAGGACGUGAACUGGGGUUGGGUGAUUUUCUUUCCAUGUUAACGUUUAAGUAUUCCUUCAUGUCGUGGUAUCAUAAAGUCCGUCACAGAAGCCUCCAGAGGUCAAAAUCUGACACUGAUUCAGAAAAAGAAAACAAACAGCGAACCCUGAAGACUGUUGGAACAACCUGCUCGCAAAGACUGUUAACAUUCGGCUCAUUGCGUCAAACUUGUCUUUGUAAAAUUUGCUCUGUUUCUGUUCAGGCCAGUAGUCAGACCGCAUUAAUGUGGCCGAUCUUCAUCAGAGCGUGGGAGGCGGGCGGCGGCGGGGGGCGGGGCUUGUUUUUAGAAUAGAGUUCAGACGGCAAGAAACAGAUAAUUGGACUAGUUCCCAUCGUCACACAAAAAAAAAAAAACUCUAAUGUUGUUAUAGGGGUGCAAUGUCGUCUUCUUCCUGGAAAUGAUUAGAGAUUCUGAACAAUUGUACAGUUCAACAUAGGUCUGCUUAUUUUAUUUUGAUCUCCAUCCUCGUCACAAACUGGUCAGGUGUUAAGUCGUGGUGGUCUUUUUUUUUUUCUUUUUUUUUUUUUCAGGUCUAUGUAGUGUUAUUAACAGAAUCCCUCUCUGGUGUCUUGUUACUUUGCUCGAAGAAAUGGUCCAUGGUCAUGUUUGAAAGGAACUUUUAUUGCAUUGCACAGUGUUGAUCAUGUUUGAAUUAAUGACUGCCCUUCGAUUUUAUACGACGGACUGUAUUGGACUCUGCUAACCUCCGGCUAUAAGCAGGUAGCAUCAUUAACCUUACAGCUCAAUGAAUUUUAAUGAUGUAAAACAACAUUACUAGUGAUGGGCUGCUGAUCAGUUUUGAGUGUCUGAAUACAACUUAAUAAAUUCAAUAAAGAGGUCUCUUGUA